GUUUGAUCAGCAAGAACCAGCCGCCGGAAGUGGCGUCGGGGGGGCGGUAGUCACGAAGCCGGAAGUUGCCGCUGAGCGGAGACUGAGGGUGAAAAUCAGGCGUCGGAGAUGUAUACCAGAGGUCUUAAAUCCCAGCUGAAGGACAGUGUUCCUGUUGGUGAACUUGCUCCUCAUGCAGGACCCUAUGGUGUGCAUGAUACAUUGCGUCGAGGAUUUUCCAAUGUAAAGUCUGAACUUUUGCCAAGUCAUCCCCUGGAAGUUUUGGAAAACAAUUUUCAGCUCAAUCAAAAUAAAAUGAAUUUUGCUACAUUGAGAAAUAUUCAAGGACUACAUGCUCCACUAAAGUUGCAAAUGGAAUACAAAGCAGUGAAACAGGCACAACGUUUGCCUUUCCUCAUAAGCUCAAACAUUGCACUGGAAACUCUUCAAGGGAACGAUGAAUGCAUUGGCUUUGAAGACAUAUUGAAUGAUCCAACCCAGAGUGAAGUUAUGGGAGAACCACAUCUUAUGAUGGAGUACAAACUUGGCUUACUGUAAUUAACUGACAUUCCUGAAAAUUUUGAAGAGACAAGUAUUGCUUCCUGUUGCUCUGCGUAGGGUGUUCUGAAUGUUUCAGGAGCAUCUAAAAUAAGAGCCUGCUAGCAAGUGACUGGCCCAAAUGAAGAGUAAUUUAACACUUAUGUGGAUUUCAACUUCAGAAAAAAAAAACAAAUGUUAAGUUAAUAGUUAAACAAAAGUGGACUACCAACAAAGUCCAAGCUCUUCCAAAAUAACUACCUGUUCAGAUAGCUUAAACAUGAGUUGCAUUUGUGUAAAAACAUAGCAAUGUAUUAAGUUGCACAUGCUUUAAAAUGCCUUGCCAUUUACGACAUGACUAAGAUGUGAAAAAUGUCCAAGACCAUGUCAGUUAUUUCAAAUGAGGAUUGAUUUUGUCAGUAAAGCAUUUAAUAUCCAUUAGUGCUAUUAUUGAGUCACUUUUACAAAAGAUCGGAGAUCCUGCAACAAAACAAAUGCUGAAAUGCUUUGGUCUCAGAAUAUGAUUCAAGUAUUUAUUGUUAGCUGUGCAUUUAGUUUUAACGUCAACAUUAUUUCCUAUUUAACAGCAGAAGGUUGUGUCAUUAAGUGGUUUAAUGCAUUCAGGUUUUGGGUACUUCAUAACUUGUUUAUUUGGUACAGCUUUUAAGAAAAUAUGUUUUGAUUUCUCAGUUCAACCUUUAAGUCAUACUGAGGAAAUGUUGUCUCCUUAAAAAGUGUUUCUAUAUUGAAAGCUCAUCUGCUACAAUUAGAUGAAACAUUUUAAGCAAGUUCCAAUAGGGGCUCCAGAAUCCAUUAAUUUUGCUGAUGAGCAGAAAUAAAAUUGAAUAAAUCUUUCCAAUUUCAUAAAACCUGAACUGGUUGGCAGACAAAGAGCAGGAUUAUGUCAGAAAGGGAAGCAAAGGAGUAGUUAAAAUGUCAGGUGACUGAUUUUUGCUAUGUAUUUUGCUUCCUCUCCUUUCCCACUCCGUACCCCCGUUUCUAAUUUUCUUAAAUAUAAAAAUGUGUGUAGUCCAUAAGAUAAAUGAAAGCCUUUUGUUUACUUUGCAAAUGAUAGAAUUUGUUAGGUUUGCAAUCUUGUCACUUUGAGCAGAAAUGUAGUUGAUUCUGUUUUUUUAAAACUCAAUAAAAAUGGGUAUAAAUUUGA